CGCCGCUUCGUGUCGGAAACGCGACUUAUUAGACGGCUUCUCGGAAGACGCUUUCUCCCCAUUAUUAUUCUCUCCUUCAGUCUCAUCGCCUUCCUGGUUCCGGCCGCUUGUUCUUAGGGUUCUUCUUCGGGCUCCGACCAGAGUAGACGCCGCGGGAUCUGGGAUCUUCGUUGUUUGUGUUCUACCUCGUUCUGAUUGGGCAUCGGCGGCGGUGGAGGCUUUCUUGAAUUCAGUGUCGAGUAUCGGGCGAUCUACUCCGCGGAUCGGAGCUCCGUGACGGAUGAAGGUUUUUGAGGCAGAGAGACCUGUUAUGAUUGAGACUCUCCUGUUUCACUGGGCUUUCACUCAUGCGACCACAAUCCAGCUAGGGAGCAGUUUGUUUGGAGACAAUGGCUCCCCGUCUAAGUUGUUUCUGUUGGAGGUCUGGAACUUCCGGAUUUGGGAAUCUUAGGAACACCAGAGCGAUAACAAAAUUGAUCAAAUAAAUUUGUUUACAGAAUUCAUUAUUAUGCUGAGAACAUCUGAUGGGCCCUGUUGAGUGAUGUUCCUUGUCACUUGUAAGAUAUUGCUCUCUUUGUUCAGUAUUUGUGACCUGUACUCAUGUCCUGAGGCACCAGUCGAAGAAGAGCUAUGCAGAAUUCUGCCAACAACCCUCAAGAUAUUACCUCGCCAAGAGGAUCACUGCAGCAAUAUGUUCGCCGUUUGAGCAGCAAAAAGUCUCAAACAACAAAAGGUCAGCAUUCAUCUCCGAUUGUUUUCCCAGACAAAAGAGGCAAAGCAAAAUCAUUGAAGAAGAGUGAUGCUGAUGUUGCAAAUGAAGACCUUGAGAAAGUAAAGCCCAAUGAGCACAGGAUUGAUAUCGGGGAUGAAAAAUCUGAUUUGCUAGGGUAUGAAGUUUUCUCUGGGAAGCUUGCUUUGGAUAAAAAAGCUAAAAGUGUUAGUGUCCAUGAGCAAACAGGAUCAGGAACAGGAAACCCUGAUAAACUUGAAGCAAAGCUGACAAGCAAGGCCCUGAUCUGGGGUUCUAGUAUUCUAAAUCUUGAUGAUAUCAUUUCUGUGUCUUACUGUGCUGGUUUAAGGCAUUUUACUGUCCAUGCAUAUCCUACUAAAAGGAGGUCAUGUGGACUUUCUUGUGUUCUGAAGCCACAAAGAGUUCAGAGGGACUUCCGUUUCUUAGCUUCGAAUUCAGAAGAAGCCGUUCAGUGGAUACGGGGCUUUGCAGAUCAGCAAUGUUUUGUAAAUUGUUUACCUCAUCCCAUGAUGUCCAAUAAGAAGCAGGAAUCUGAUAUUCUGUCCCAUGAACCUCUGUAUGAUAUACCAUAUAUCAAAUGCAGAAGUCCCCCAAGCCUACUUGUGAUACUGAAUCCUCGCUCUGGACAUGGUCGAUCGAGUAAAGUAUUCCAUGGAAAAGUUGAACCAAUUUUUAAGCUUGCAGGUUUUAAAAUGGAAGUAGUUAAGACGACAUAUGCUGGUCAUGCAAAAAACCUUGCUUCUACAGUUGAUUUCAGCAUGUGUCCUGAUGGAAUUGUAUGUGUUGGCGGUGAUGGAAUUGUUAAUGAGGUGCUUAAUGGUCUUCUAAGUAGAGAGAACCAAAAGGAAUCGAUUUCUAUUCCGAUUGGUGUCAUUCCUGCUGGUUCUGAUAAUUCACUCAUUUGGACUGUUUUGGGAAUUAGAGAUCCUAUUUCUGCUGCAAUGGCCAUUGUAAAGGGGGGACUCACUGCUACUGAUGUUCUUACUGUUAAAUGGAUCCAGAAUGGGAUAACUCAUUAUGGGACAACAGUUUCAUAUUUUGGUUUUCUCAGUGAUGUUCUGGAGCUCUCUGAGAAGUAUCAGAAACGCUUUGGUCCUUUGCGCUAUUUUGUGGCUGGGUUUCUUAAGUUUCUUUGCUUGCCAAAGUACAACUUUGACUUGGAGUAUCUCCCGAAGGCUCAGGUGAUAAAUGCAGAAGGAAAAAGCUCAGAAGAUCAACAAAAAAUUGACAUGUCAGACUUUUAUACAGACAUAAUGCGGAGGUCAAGAAAAGAAGGUCUUACCAGAGCUUCUAGUUUGUCUAGUAUUGACUCCAUUAUGAGUCCAAGUAGAAUGUCUGGAGGGGAUGUGGAUGCUACUGGUAGCACAAUCGCAAGCAGUGAGCCAUCAGAGUAUGUCCGUGGACUUAAUCCAAAAGUAAAACGGUUAUCUUUAGGGAGAAGUAAUUUAGUGGCUGAGCCAGAUGAAGUGCUUCACCCCCAACCUCACUUGUCUGUCAAUUCAAACUGGCCAAGGACCAGAUCAAAAUCUAGAACUGAUAGAAGUUGGACUGGAAUGACUGCUACAACUGACGCCAGGUGUUCUUGGGCACCCACCACUUUGUAUGACAAAGAAGACAUAUCAUCAACAAUAUCUGAUCCAGGACCUAUCUGGGAUGCUGAGCCAAAGUGGGAUACUGAGCCUAACUGGGAAACUGAGAAUCCCAUUGAGUUGUCAGGGCCACCUGAUGACAUAGAGUUAGGGUUGAAGAAGGAACUUGUUCCAAGCUUAGAUGAAAAGUGGGUUGUUAAAAAAGGCCAAUUUCUUGCUGUUUUGGUAUGCAAUCAUUCAUGCAAAACUGUUCAGAGUCUAAGUUCCCAGGUCGUUGCACCAAAAGCAGAGCAUGAUGAUAACAGUUUGGAUUUGCUAUUGAUCAAUGGGAGUGGAAGAAUGAGGUUGUUGAGAUUCUUUAUGUACUUGCAGUUUGGUCGGCAUCUUUCUCUGCCAUAUGUUGACUACGUUAAGGUGAGGUCCGUAAAGCUUAGGCCUGCUGCAAACACGAACGGUGGGUGUGGUAUCGACGGGGAACUUAUUCAUGUUGAUGGACAAGCCUUUUGUUCCUUGCUACCGGAUCAGUUUAGACUGAUUGGCCGCCCUGCCAAGGAUCGUGCAUAGUAGUUGCUGUGUUUAUACAAGUUCUUGGCUUUUUUGCUUCGACGACUCAUAAGAGAUGUGGUAACUAACUACUCGGAGCAGUCAACUCUACUAUAACUUGGAUCUGCCGCUUGUUUGUAGGUCUCUGUAUAUUUAAGUGCCUUUGAAGCACGGCGAGCAAUCAAUUUUUUUCUUUUCCCCAUCACUUAAUCGGUAAUCACCUUUUGCUUCUCUUCACCACCUGCUGUCCAUCCCUUCUGUUACAGGUUUUUUCUCUCUGCCCCUAAUAGUCUAUUAGAUGAAACCCGAGUUCAUUUUUUUGUAUGUACUUGUAUAUUUUAGCACUUCUCUGGAUGCUACUUGCAUGAACAGCUAUGUAUUUGUAUGCUAAUUCAACACCAUGUUCUAUGACAUUCUGGUUAUAUAUUUAUAUA